GAGGGAGGAGGAGGAGGAGGGAGGUUCGCCGCGCCCAGGCUGCCGCUGCCCGAUGGCUGCGGGGAGCUGAGCGGGCUGAGGAGGAGCCGAGCCCCAGCGACACCCCCCUUCCUUGCCGCGGAUCCCUCCUUCCCGCCCGGCUCUGCCGCCUUCCCCGGGACCCGCCGGGCGCAGCGCGGGCGGCUCCCCCCGCUCCUCCUCCGCCGCCUCCUCCUCCGCCCCCCCUUCCCUUCCCUUCCCCAGGCCGGCGGGACGCGGGCAGGACCGCGGGCGGCGGACGGACCGGCCCGGUUCAUGAGCAUCGGCCGGCGGGGCAGAAUUUACAUGUUUGACAGCAGAAGUUGCCUUUCUACUGUAGUGAGAGAAAAUCUUUCUGGCUGUUCCCGAGGUGGCAGUGGAGCACACCUUUAGCACAGGAAAAUGAGUGAGCUGGACCAGUUACGCCAGGAGGCCGAGCAACUGAAAAACCAAAUCAGAGAUGCUAGGAAAGCAUGUGCAGAUGCCACCCUGGCUCAGAUCACAGCCAACAUCGACCCCGUGGGGAGGAUCCAGAUGCGCACCAGGAGAACGCUCCGGGGACACCUGGCCAAAAUUUAUGCAAUGCACUGGGGGACUGAUUCCAGGCUUCUAGUUAGUGCCUCCCAGGAUGGCAAACUUAUAAUUUGGGACAGCUAUACUACAAACAAGGUGCACGCCAUCCCCCUGCGCUCCUCCUGGGUCAUGACUUGUGCAUACGCUCCCUCUGGGAAUUACGUGGCUUGUGGUGGGCUGGACAACAUCUGCUCCAUCUAUAACUUGAAAACUCGUGAAGGGAAUGUACGUGUGAGCCGGGAGCUCGCCGGGCACACAGGCUACUUGUCCUGCUGUCGUUUCCUGGAUGAUAAUCAAAUCGUCACCAGCUCUGGCGACACCACUUGCGCUCUCUGGGACAUAGAAACUGGUCAGCAGACAACCACAUUUACUGGGCACACUGGAGACGUGAUGAGCUUGUCCCUCGCUCCCGACGCCCGGUGUUUCGUUUCUGGUGCCUGCGACGCCUCUGCCAAACUGUGGGACGUGAGAGAAGGAAUGUGCCGGCAAACCUUCACCGGCCACGAGUCGGACAUCAACGCCAUCUGUUUCUUCCCCAACGGCAACGCGUUUGCCACGGGCUCGGACGACGCCACGUGCCGGCUCUUCGACCUGCGGGCCGACCAGGAGCUGAUGGUCUAUUCCCACGACAACAUCAUCUGUGGCAUCACCUCUGUAGCAUUUUCCAAGAGUGGCCGUCUGCUCUUAGCUGGGUAUGACGACUUCAACUGCAACGUGUGGGACACGCUGAAAGCUGAUAGAGCAGGUGUCCUCGCCGGUCACGAUAACCGUGUCAGCUGCUUAGGUGUGACUGAUGAUGGCAUGGCAGUGGCAACAGGAUCAUGGGACAGCUUCCUCAAGAUCUGGAACUGAAGUAGAACUCGAGGACUCCACGACUGGAAGAAGUUCCCAACAAAAUUAAACACGAUAGCAUAUCCAAUCCAACCAUACUAACUCGGACCCCCAUCCUCCCCAACUCAAAGGGCAAGAUCUUCUCCGUCUCCUGUUGCUGAAAUGAAGAGCACAAUUACCUUUCCAAGAAGAAUUUCUGUGUUGUAAGCAAAAUGAAAUUGUGCAUUCCUUUUGGGACCACUUUUUUUUUUCUUUUUUUUUUCUUUUUUUUUUUUUUUUGUCUUGAGAAUUUAAAAAUGAAACACUAUCAUAAAAGCAUGACCAGAAAAUAAACUUGAGCAUAAUUGUGAAAACAGUUUAGCUUUCACUGUAGUUUCCAAGUUGAAGUUAAGGACUUUUAUCUCACACACUUGCAAAUUUUAAAAGUCAUGUUUGUAGCAGGAUUUUUUUCAAGUUUCCUUUUUAAAUACAUUUCUUUAUGUAUUUAAUUGAGCAAAACAAGGGAGUCCUAGCCCAGAGCAUCUGGGGGUUGUUAACGCUGUAAAUUUAGUCCCUAAUUUUUUUUUAUUUUAUUUUCUAGUAUCACAGAUAAUUGUUGCACAAAACUUGGCAUAUAUAGGAUAAUGUUAAGCAGUAAGGUAACCAAGCACAUGCUGUAAAAGGUAAUGAAUGCUUGUUUAAAGAAUCCUUUCACCUUUUAUGGAUAACAAAUGCAAUCCUUGGUCCCUCCUGCCCCCCCCUUUUUUCACCACACUGAUUUUUUUAAUCUGUUUUGGUUUUGUCCACUUGAAAGGGCAGUUUAUAUAUCCUAACACUAUCCUAUAAGUCUCAACAACCAGGAAUCUCUGUUUUCAAAAGAGACCUAUCCUACACUUGGGUAUUGAGUCAAUUCUUUGUGUAUGAAAUGAUGUACAAAUCAAUGUUUUGAAAAUAAUGAUCUUGAACUUUCUAAGUUAAACAGAAAAAAAAAAAACCUUUUUUGAUUGUUUGCCAUAUUGGGUGGGUUUACUCUUAGAAUCGCAUGCUGUAGAAAUGCUAAAAAGUGCAUAUUGGACUAAAGUCCUUAGAUGUUUUUUCUUUGAAGAAAUAACCUGUUUAAAAACUGUAACCAUUGUCGCUGUAUUCAUUUCUUGUUGCUACUCUGUGCAUAAAUCUCUGAAGAACUCCAGUACAAAGCUAUGCACGUUUUGGAGUAGCGUGAUAAAGUCACUUUUUUUUUCUUUUUUUUUUUUUUUAGUUCUUCUUUUUUUUUUCCUUUUUUUUUUUUUUUUUUUUUUUUUUUUUUUUUUUUUUAGAAAAAGAAAACAAAAAAAAACAAAACAGCCUGUUCAAACAAUCGCUGUCAACAAAAGAUUCUGGGGAGUGGGAGGAGGGAACCUUGACCAUCUUCUUUCUAAAAUCAGUUCCUCACAGCCAGUUCCUCUUGCAGGAUGAGUCCUUUGCAUCUGAUCAGAGUCAUUUUUGUAAUGAGCAGGUUUUCCUGGCUUUCUUUUCAAAUAAAAUGUUAAAAGCAGCAGUGUUUGGACAGCAGAUUGUUCUGUUAAACUUUCCUAUCUUCUCACUGUAUCCAGAAAUGCUCCUUCCUAGCAGCAGUAGUAGCUUUUCUCCAUUUUGUUUUUUCUGCAACAUUCUGUACAAAAAUGUGCUGUAAUUGUGCGUUAGGCCUGGAUUUGGCAUAAAAGAUGAAUUCCCUCUUACUCUCUUUCAUGAAACUACUCUGUAGAGCUUUCUCCACGCCCUGUAUCCCUCUUCACCUUUUGUAUUUAAUUUUAAAGUCAGUGUACUUCAAGAAAGCUGGAUGCAAGAUAGAUACUAUAUUAAAAUGUAAUGUUAUUUAAGAUGUAAUAAAGCAGUUUGACAUGA